GUAACAAGCGGUUGGAAAACUUCGCCAAGUUCCGGAAAAUAAUUGAAAAUCCGUUGGUGCGUGAUGGCAGACAGCGGGGCUGGAGCUGGAGCUGGUAGGGGUCGACGCCGGCGCAACAAAAAGAACGCGGUUCCCGUGCCCACAGAGCCCAAUGGCGAGCAGCACGUGAAUCCGCCGAUGGCCGAAGAAAAUGGUAAGCCGAAAGCCGCAAAGGGUGACGCCGGACAGCCGCUCGGCAGGCAGGAGGUGAGAGCACUACGCCAAAUCGUCACCGAUUUCGUGUAUAGCGGGGAACAGGUGAAGCAGCUUCAUGGUCUGUCCAAAGCAGAGCGCAUCCAAGUCCACCGCAUAGCCCUGUCCAUGGGUCUGAAGACGGUCAGCAAGGGACCGGACUAUGCACGCGUACUCACUAUGACGAUUCCUCCGCAAUCUGUCCGUGAUAACCACGAAGAUCUGGCACGGGCUUACCUUUUGAUCAGUCCCCAGACGAUUGAGAUACUUAAGCAGGCGCAGCCGCAGUUGGAUAGUCUGCUGGCUGGUGAAAUGCGAACGUUCCGCCGCGACCACGAAUGGCACCUCACCAGCAUUUAUAGCCGGCCCAGCAACUAUGGGCUGGUUGGCCAGAAGCUUGUGCCACCGGAGCCGAGCAACCGUAACCGAUUGAUUGCACAGGAUCGUCAGAACUUGCCAAUAUAUGGACAUCGAUCGAAGAUUCUCAGCGUAAUGGAACGCGAGCAGGUUUUGAUUAUCCAAGGAGCCACCGGCUCGGGCAAAUCCACCCAGGUGCCCCAGUACAUUCUCGAAUGGGCCGCUAAGCAUCGUACUCCUGUAAGGAUCGUGAUCAGUCAGCCGCGUCGCAUGGCGGCUAUAUGCGUUUCCGAGCGCAUUGCCAAGGAGCGCGGCGAGACACCGGGCGCCACAGUGGGCUACCAGAUCCGCAUGAACAAGAAAUGCAGCAGGAACACUGUUCUCUCGCUGACCACCAGCGGAUGUCUGUUGCGCGCCAUUGCCAUGGCGGGUAAGGCUCUCUUAAAGAACACCACUCAUUUGAUUAUCGACGAGGUGCACGAGCGAGACUUGGAUACGGAUUUUUUACUGCUCGCUACCAAGCUAGAGUUGGAAAAUAAUCCCCAUCUCCGGCUGGUGCUCAUGUCAGCCACAAUGGAUCUGGAAGCAUUGUCCGCUUACUUUGGCAGGGCCACCGUUUUGAGUGUGGAGGGACGCAGCUUCGGCGUAAGGAUCUGGCACAUGGAGGAGAUCCUUCAUGUGACUGGCUAUAUGAACUGGAAGAUGGAGGAUUACUUUGGUGAGAUUACGGGCAAAGAAGAUGCCGCUGAACUGCUGGCCGCCUACAACUACAAUCGCAACGAGGCAGAUCCCGAUAUUGACAAUAAUCUGAUAGUCUCCCUGCUGGAGCUGCUGAUGCGUUCGGGGGAGAAGGGAGCGGUGAUUGUGUUCCUUCCUGGCUACUAUGACAUUAUCAUGCUGAUGGAUCGCAUGGAAAUUUGCCUGCCCAAGGAGAAGAUGAAGAUAUUGCUGCUGCACAGCCAGGUUGAGAGCAACGAGAUGCGCAAGGCCUUCCAUAUCUAUCCCGAGCAACUGAAGGUGAUACUGAGUACGAACAUAAGUCAGACAUCGAUCACUAUUCCCGACUUGCUCUACGUAAUCGAUGCGGGUCGCGCCAAGAUGAAUACCCACGAUGCCGCCUCGGAUGCCUCACAGUUGUGCACGACGUGGAUCUCGAAGGCGGAUGCCCAGCAGCGGGCGGGCCGAGCGGGUCGCUUGUGCCACGGCAUUUGCUAUCGCCUCUACUGCAGUGAACGUUUCUCCAACAUGAGUGACUAUCCGAUUCCCGAGAUCAGGCGUCGCACGCUCGACGAAAUCUGCCUGAUGACCAAGAUAGCCGCUCCAGAGGAGAAGAUUGCCAAAUAUUUGUCCAUGGCCCUGGAUCCGCCACAGCCGGAGGCCGUCGUGCAGGCUUGUUCUCGACUCCAGAUCCUGGGUGUCCUUAAUGAAUCUGACGAACAGAUUACAACACUCGGCCGCAUCAUUGCCGAACUACCGCUGAACGUUCAGCUAGGCAAGUGCCUGAUUUAUUCCCUGUAUUUUAGUUGCUUUGGGAGCGUGGCAAUUGUUGCCGCCUAUCACUCGGUAAGGGAUCCUUUCGUGCUGCCCUCGGAUCGCAACAAGAAGCCAACCUCGCAGAACUCUCGCACCCUGUUUGCCGGCACCACUUUGAGCGAUUCACUGGCCGUUUUGAAGCUCUACGCGGACUUUACUAGCUCGAGCCGCAAGGAUUUGGACACCUUUUGCGAGAAGAAUUUUUUGUGCCGUGCCUCCAUGGAGAUGUUUGUCUCGUCGGUGAGUACGUUGCGCGAUGUGAUACGCCGUAUUUUCCAACUCACCAUGGCCACCGAAACAUUGGCCUGCUGCUUUGACGACGACAUGGAUAUGGUACGUUUGGCCCUCACUGCCGGCCUCUAUCCGAAGGUGGUGUUCGUGGACAAAGACAGGAAGUGCCAGCUGGUGGGCGACGGUGAUAGUUGCAUGCAUUUGUCGCGCAACUCCUGUCUGCUGGGCAAAAAUAAGCUACUGUCCGUGCCCAACGAAUGGAUAUUGUAUGUGGAGAAAGUUCGCAACGCUGACCACCGCUGCAUCGUGGAGAACACAACACUGGUGAGCAGCCUGAUGGUGGCUCUGGUUGGCGGCAAGAACGUUCGACUGGAGCAACGUAACUCCAAGACCUCAAAGCUAUGCCUGGACGACUGGGUCCGUCUCAAUUGCUCCACUGAGUUAGGACAGCAGCUGCUGCGUCUGCGUGAGCUGAUGGGGCGUGAGGUGACCGAAUUGGUGGAGACGCGCAAGUUGAACAACGCGGGCCAGUGGUUCGGUCGGGAAUUGGUCCAUAAACUAAUGGAGUCGAUGGCAAAGGACCCUCCCAACGAGUUCGUCAACUGUGAUAAUGCUUAGGCGGAGUCAAGAGCGGGAAGGAAGAGCGAAGAUCGGAGAUCGAAGAUCUCUGAGCCAAGAAGAGGCUUAUCGUACUAUUCCAAAUAUUACACAAACACACUAUUUCCUCUUUUUUGCCACAAAUAAGGUACAGUGCGUUUCAAAAGCCCAAGACGACAGACGGACAGCAGACUAUCGUACCUGAUCAUAAGACAUAGCUACAUUUACUUAGCUUGAUGGUUUAUAUAUUAUACAUUUUCCCAGCACCUUCAUACCUUUUUCCUAAGAUUAGGUUUAAGCUGUGGAUGAGACACUUAGCCUCGACUUUUUCUUGGCGUUUCAACACCUUAAAAUAUUAAAACACAAAUUAUUGAAAAAGGCUGUAAAUUGAACAAUGAUUAUCUCGAAUUUUGUGAUAUAUAUAUAUAUAUUGUAGGAGAAGGCACUACCAUUACAUUGACACCUUAGUAUACAUUAAAGCUCCUCUUAUUUUAUAUUACAAAUGGUAUUAACUGAUACGAAUAGUAUAGAUAUGUAUAUAUAUAGCACAUUUUUAGCUUUGAAACGCACUGUAGGCUGGCUUUAGCAACACUGGAAACACACAGGGAAAACUACAGAUGAAACAAAGAAGUAAAAAAGACACAAACCAUAACCAAAAAUAUUAAUUUCAUUUCGAGAGUGCAAUUACGACCACUCCCUAAUUGCUGGGUGAAAAUAUGUGUGCCACGAGACGCGGCACGGUGUCGGUGUCGGUGUCAAAGUCAGGCUGCAGGUUGCAAGUAGCAAGUAGGCAAGUUGCAGGUUGCAAAGUUGCCGCCCUGCGGUGCAUUGGGCCAUGGCAAGCAUCAAAAGCUGACGUUUAUGCUCCACUGCCACCUGUCCCACCUGCCUUGGCAGCCCCACCUGCCGCCUCCCACUGUCCAUUCAGGCGCAAACAAGAGUGGAGGAGAAAAAAACUAAAAAAAACUAUGGUUAAUUGCACAGACAACGCAGUCAAUAAACCUGAAGUCGGGCUUGUCGCUGCAGCAGCAACAAUGGCAACAUACAACAUGAAAAAAAGAGUAAAAUAUAUAAAGAAAGAGACACCAGGUGAAGCAAAAAAAUAAGAAAAAAAAGAUAGCAACAAAAGACAGGGGCAGCUUACUGCAAAGAAAGUGAAAUUAAUUUGUUAUUUUUCGGUUUAUUGUGGCUCUUUGAGCGAUGUCUUUGAAGGUUGGGUGAGAGCAUUGCCAAUCGCUGGCCCUAACCGAGAGGAAAUUGCUCUAGAAAAUUAAUUGAAUGACAUUCCUUAGGGUCUAUUCAAUAUCUCUUCCGAUGAAUAUAUAUAUUUAUCUACAAUUAAGUAUAUUUAAAUAAAUAGUUUAAUUAAGAUUAAGUGGAAUAUGUCGCCUGUGUAACAUUGUAGACUGUCUUUACCAAAAUUGUAUAUAAGUGUCACAGACACGCUUUUAAAUUAUGCUUUU